AUGGAGACUCGUGGCAGACGAAAGCGCGCCGCCGCCCCUAGGGACCGGCUGAGCAGCUCCGAGGAGGACGCGCUGGCCAAGCUGGCGGAUUUCGCUGACAAUCUCUUGUUCCACCAUUGUCUCUCUGGCGAGGCCUUGGACACCCUGCGGCUGCGCAUCCACCGUCAAGAUGACGGACGUCGGCACGGCAGCAACGACAAGGAUAUGAUCAGCAGGUGGAUUCGCCGCGGCCUGAGGCUGUCACCGGCGGCCAUCGACAUCACCAUCGACGGUGUCCCGAUGAGGCAACCCUCCUAUUUCUCCAACGCGGGCGCCUGCUUUCGGCGCCUCGCCAAGCUCCGCAUCGACAACGUUCUCCUCAGCCGAAACAUCGAGCAUCUCUUCGGCACCGACAGCCUCCCCGCACUGCGAGACCUGGAGAUCAGGAACAGCGGCCUCGGGUACAUCGUGUCCGACACGCUCAGGAACCUCACCGUCGUCUACGACUCCCCAGUGAUUGCACACAGAUGCGACGUGUUUGGCCACAUCGCCGCUCCUGGCCUGGUGUCGCUGCGGCUCGAGUUCCCGCUCGCCCGUCUCGCCAACUUGGACAUCACCAUAGGGGAGCUACCUUGUCUUGCCAAAGCAUCCAUCCGCCUACUCGACGAGACUCCUCAGCCUUUGUACUGGGACAGCCACGACAAAGACAAACCAGACACUACACGUCUGGUGAUCACCAAUCUAUGCGACCUCCUCGGCUCUCUAUGCAAUGUCACCAGCUUGCACCUCUCUGGUUUCCAGGAAAUGGCACGUACGCAUGCGGUGCUUCUGCAGGCCGUGCUGGAUGAACCCUGCUGCGUGUUCCCCGACCUCAAAAGCUUGGUCCUGGACGACUGUAACCUUGGCGACGGACUGCAAACUCUCUGGCGUUUUCUACACAAGACUCCUGCCCUCGAGCGGCUUGCUCUCAAAAGUUGCAAGUGGCAAGAUGUUCCAUAUGCUCGGGAGAGUGAUGAAGAGCAAGAUUUGGAGACCGCGACAAUGGCAAUGAACCUCAAGUUGGUGCAAAUCCUUCAUGGAAAUAACAAGCUGAGGUCCAAGAUAAAACGGAAGCUACCGCAGGCUACAAUCACCAAAUGA